AGUGGCUUCUCCGCAGUGCAGACAUUUUCAACCCGUCCCUGCCCACCAUGCCCGAGCCACAGAAGACCGCGCCCAAGAAGGGCUCCAAGAAAGCCGUCACCAAAGCCCCCGGCAAGGGCAAAGGCAAGCGCCGAAAGGGAAGGAAGGAGAGCUACGCCAUCUACGUGUACAAGGUGCUCAAGCAAGUGCACCCCGACACCGGCAUCUCCUCCAAGGCCAUGAGCAUCAUGAACUCCUUCGUCAACGACAUCUUCGAGCGCAUCGCGUCCGAGUCCGCCCGCCUGGCUCAGUACAACAAGAGAUCCACCAUCACGUCCAGGGAGAUCCAGACCGCCGUGCGUCUCCUCCUUCCCGGCGAGCUGGCCAAGCACGCCGUCUCUGAGGGCACCAAGGCCGUCACCAAGUACACCAGCUCCAAGUAAAGAUUCCCGAAAUGUCGUCAAAACAAAGGUUCUUUUAAGAGCCACCCACUCCUUC